AUGCCCUCCCGGUCGCGGCGGCGGCGGCCGUCCCUGCUGCCCCGGGAGGUGCGGGUGGCAAGGUGCGUGCGUCCAUGGACGCGGCGGUCCCUGGUGGCGAAGCUGGAGGGCGUGCUCGGCAUGCCGGUGCCCACCACCAACUGCCGCGCCUGCUACGAGUACGAGCUCCGCGAGGGCUGCUCGCGUGUGGCGGGCGACGAGGAGGAGGACGGCGUCGAUGACCUAGAGGGCGAGUUCGGCCUGCAGGACGGCGGCACGGGGCACGACGACGACCCGUUGUACGUCGCCGAGUCCAUGCUCAGGUCGCAAAUGAGCUACGGCCGUGGCGGGGACGUGCAUCCCGGCUUCAGCCCCGCCCCGCCCCCAAUGUGCCGCUCCUCACCAACGGCCAGAUGGUUUUCGCCUAACAGUCCAGAGGAGCUCGUGCGUCCCGUCAAUGGCGGGUGCCGUGACUCGGUUUGGAUCAUGCACCUGCAAGUGCAUGAUUUUGAGUACGGCCAGAAGGGGGUUAUUGGAUACAAGUACCCAAGGGUUUACUACCGGUGCGCACACCGCUCCCAAGGAUGCAAGGCAAUGAAGCAGGUGCAGCGUUGCGACGAGGACCCAACGCUCUUCGAUGUCAUCUACUAUGAUGCUCACACCUGCAUUCAAAGUACAGUGGUAGCAACGACGCAGCAGCCAGAGUGCAUCCAGUACAAGCAGAGCCUCACAUCAUCGUCCUCGGUGAUGCCGACUCCAAGCUCACUUAGUGAUUACCCCGUUGGGUCUUUAAAGGCCACGAAAAGGAAGACAAUGGAGAGGCGGAAGCAUCAGGUGAGGGUAAGCACGGAGGGUGGCGGUGACAAUAACCCCUCCGGCGAUGGUCACAGCUGGAGGAAGUAUGGCCAGAAGGAGAUUCUUGGAGAGAAGCAGUUGGUUUUUCUUUUCAUUCCAGAUCCCUCCCAGUCUUACUACCGGUGUGUGCACCGGCCCCAAGGAUGCAACGCAACGAAGCAGGUUCAGCGUUGCGACGAGGACCCAACGCUCUUCGAUGUCAUCUACUAUGGCACUCACACCUGCAUUCAAAGUACAGCGGGAGCAACGGCGCAGCAGCCAGAGUGCAUCCAGUACAAGCAGAGCCUCACAUCGUCGUCGUCGGUGGUGCCGACUUCGAGCUCACUCAGUGAUUACGCCAGUGGGUCUUUAAAGACCACGAAGAGGAAGACUAUGGAGAGGCGGAAGCAUCAGGUGAGGGUAAGAACGGAGGGUGGCUGUGACCCCCCUUCCGGAGAUGGCCACAGCUGGAGGAAGUAUGGCCAGAAGGAGAUUCUUGGAGACAAGCACCCAUGGACCUACUAUCGCUGCACCCAUGGUUAUUCUCAGCGAUGUGCGGCGAGGAAGCAGGUGCAGCGCAGCGAUAAGGACCCGACGCUCUUCCACGUCAUCCACCACGGCAUUCACACCUGCUUUCAGAAUACCGCGGCCAUGGAGAUGUGGGGAGCAGAACCUGAGCGGCCACAGGCGUCGAUGAAUGAUACUCACUACUCCCAGCAGCAUGGCUCUUAA